AUUUCUUAUUUUUUAUCACCAUUUAGAUGAUUAAGAGAAAAGUAUAAAGGUUAGUGGAGAAUGUGAUGAUUGUUUCAUUUGGUUUCUUUUCUUCCUCACUCACGUUUACCUUUAACCCUUUUUCCAAUUUUCACCUUUGAGUUUACCUUUUGUCUCUCUCUCUCCUUGACUUAACCUUUAAUCAACAACAUCUCUGGUUUUUGGUGAGAACUGUUUUACUCUCAAUCUUCAUGUAUAAACCUUCAUUGUUUUGGUUUUCCCUCCUUUUUACUGGCUUUCUGAUUGUAUUACCUUUCUCAUCUUCUUCUGAGGAUAAUGAUGAUGGUGAUUUUAAUUCCAAUUCAGAGGAAUCUACUCAAGUAGAGGAAACAUUUAAUUCUGGUAAAGAGUUUAUCAAGUCAACCAUUGCUGCUGUUAUCAAUGAGAUUAAAUUUUCAAAGUUAAAGAGUCAACAUAAAAAGAUUGACAGUAUUGAUUAUGAUGGUGGUGAUAAAAUUGAUUCUGGAUCGUCUUUUGCAAUUACCGAUUCUGAGAAGGAAAAAAUUACCUGGCUCGCUUUUCAUAAAGUAUUUGGUUCAAUUGUGGAUUCUCUUGAAAAGUCAAUACUUGGAGAAGCGAUUGAUAUUCUUCCUCAUCUUACCUUGAGCUCUCCUUGUCUAUCAACACUUUAUCAACUUCUAAGUGCAAUGAAACAGCAAAAAUCAUGGGUAUUCAAGAUGAUGGAUGCUACUGGUCGGCCAUUUUCAGCUGGACUGAUGGACGGAACCAUAACUGACUUUGGAUCCUUUGACCAGUGUAUUGGACUUCACAUUCCAUUAGUUUUCAAUUCUGUUGGUGGAGUAGAUAAAAUGAAUUCAGCUUAUAAACCAAAUGAGAUGAAACAAAUUCGUGGGCAAUAUUGUAUGGUUCAAUAUAACGUCUUUCUACCUCCCAGGCCCAAACAUUUAAAUCUACAGACACGAAUUUUCAAUUUCACAAACACACCAAUCGAGGGAACGUUUCUCGAAGAUAUUUCAAACCUUAUUCAUGUUUGUUACGAGCGUGUUGGUCGAGUUGGUAUUUGUAUGCCCUCUUCGUGCUCAAAAGAUGAUCUUGAACAGAUUAUCGAUUAUUCUUUGAAAGAUGUACACAUGCAUGCGAAUGUUUCUCAUUGUGAGGUUGAGAGAAAUUUUCAAUUCGAUGGACUUCAGAUAAUCAUUUUAACGGUUUUUGGAUGUCUUUCUUUCUUUACUUUACUUGGAACCAUGUUUGAUAUUAUUAGCUCAAGAACUAUUGAACUAUCCGAUUCAGUAGAAAAAGUUAAAAUUCGAUCAUUUUCAGCUGUACGCUCUGAUCAAUUAUUCUAUUCAUUUCUGAUUUCCUUUUCGAUCCCUCGAAAUUUAUCAAUGCUACUUGACACUCGAACCAGAAAGGGUUCUCUUGAUGCCAUCAAUGGAAUACGAGUUAUCUCCAUGUCUUGGAUUGUCUAUACUCACACUUACCUGAUACCAAUUAAGGAAACUUUCGCUUUUGCUCGUAGUUACAUUUUCGCUGUUGAAAGUUUUCUAUUUCAAUUUAUUCUCAAUGGUUGGGUUCUAGUUGAUACCUUUUUCUGUAUCGGUGCUUUACUCGCAAUCUACACUACCCUUGGAUCAUUACACCGAUCAGGUCGUAUCAAUGUUCUCGAAAUGAUUCUGAACCGUUUUAUCCGUUUCUCUCCUUCCGUUUGGUUUACUUUGGCUCUUCUAUUUUUAAUACCUGCCAUCGGCUCUGGUCCAUUAUGGUCCGAAUAUUUUGAUUAUCAACUUGAUAAGUGUAACAAUUACUGGUGGGGUACAGUUUUCUUCAUCAACAAUUGGUUUCCUGAGGCUAAAAUCUGUAUGCUUCAUACUUGGUAUAUUGCUGCUGAUAUGCAAUUGUAUCUUGUUUGCAUUUUAUCAUUAAUUGUAUUCUACAAGUAUGGAUCCAAAGCCUUAUGGUUACCCUAUGGAUUGAUUUUCAUCUCCAUGAUUACCGUUUUUUCAUUCACUUAUUUCCAAUCAGCUGCUCCAACUGUUAUUUACAAUUCACCGUCCGAAGUGAUUACCGAUGGCGCUGCCCUUUCAAUUUAUACUCCAACCUACAUUCAUCUUGGUCCAUAUUGUGUAGGUCUUAUUGCUGGAUUUCUUAUUUAUUAUAAGAGGAAUAUGGUCAUUCCAUUUUCCAUUUGCUUGACCUGUUGGAUACUCUCAAUCUCUGGUCUUGUUACCAUUUUAUUUUAUACUUACACUUGGAAUAUCGGAAAUGAGUGGACACCGCUAUCAGCCGGUUUCUAUGCAACUUUCCAUCGAACCUGUUGGUCAAUUUGUAUCGCCUGGAUUAUAUUUGCUUGUGUCACUGAUAAUGGAGGUAUGAUCAAUACUUUUCUUUCCUGGAAAGGAUUUGUCCCACUGGCAAAAUUAAGUUUCAUGAUUUAUUUGUUACACUUUCCAAUUCUAUGGUGGAGAUAUGCAUAUCUCCGUGAAAGACUUGCUUUUGGUCAUUAUACUAUGUUAUGUGAAUUCAUUGUCAAUUUUACGUUAAGCUCAUUUGCAGCUCUUUUGGCUCAUCUGGUUGUUGAAGCUCCAGCAUCUCAUCUGUAUAAAUUGUUCAUUCAAAAGCAUCUCGAAUGGUCAAGGAUGAAAAUAACACGAAAAGAGAGUAAACAAGCUCCAAAUCCCGAUACUCUUAUUGCUUUCAAAUCCUAGUCUGGAAACGGAAAUUUCUCCAAAUGAUAACUACAAACACACAAAUCAAUUAUCUUUAUUCAAAUCACUCUAUUUUUUUAUAUACUUUUUUAACCACAAAUUCUUUGACCAUUUACCUGUCAUGUACAAUUCAAAUUGUUGUAAAAUACUUUGCAUUUAAUUGUUUUUAGAAAUUUAUUAUUGUUCCUUAACCUUUUAUAGUCAAAAGUUGAUCUUUUGUUAAUUUGUUUUGUUUUCAUAUUCAUUUUAAAUCAACUACUCUCAUUCCAAGUGGAAACCAAAAAAUUUCAUCACAAUUAAAACACUCAGACUCUGAA